AUGAGCGAAGCGGGAUUUCCAUCCGAGAGCUCUCCGAACGAUGACAAAGAUGCUGAUAUGGAUUCCACUAAGCUGAAUAAUGAUGGACCAACUGCUGAUGAAGAAACAGAAGAAAACAUUGACCAAAAUCUAGAUGAGGAAUCUGAAGAUAUAGCUAGUAAUGCAGAUAGAAGUCAGGAACAGACAGAGGAGACGGAAACAACUGGUGCUGAAGAUGUUGACAAUAAAAUGGAACAAGAGUUGGAGUAUCCAAAAGUGUCAUCAACUGUAGAUGAUACACCCGGUGUAGAAGAAUCAUCACCAGCAGAGGAUACCCCAUAUGUAGAUGAUUCAUUAGCAGUAGAGGAUACCCAUGGUGUAGGAGAUUCAUUAGCAGUAGACGAUACCCAAGGUGUAGGAGAUUCAUCAACAGCAGAGGAUACUCCAGACAUAGGAGAUCCUCCAUUAAUAGAGGACACACAGGGUAAAGAAGAAUCAUCGGCUGUAGAGGAUAUACCUGUCAUAGCAGAUUUGGUAUCGAUGGAUUCAUCAGCAGUGGAAGAUUCAUCUGCAUUAAAGGAACCACCAGCAAAAGACGACCCAAUUAGACUUGUUGAAGAAGAUUCUCCUGUAGUAGAGGAUUCAUCUGCAGAAACCAAUAAUAACGAAAAUUUAGGAGGUACUGAUGCUGAAAAUUUUGCAGAAAACGAAGAUCCAAUUAUGCCUGUUGAUGAAGCAAGUAACAUGAAUGACAGUUUAUCAGAUGAAGCAGAUUUGAAAAAAACAGAUGAAUAUGAGAAGAAGACCUAA